AUGGCCCCAUUCGAGGCCUUAAAUGGUAGGCGUUGUCGCUCUCCAGUUGGUUGGUUUGAGUCUACAGCGCCUAGGCCGCACGGUACAGACUUGAUCCGAGAGGCUUUAGAUCAUGUGAUGGUGAUUCAAGAUAGGCUCAGGACAGCCCAGCGUAGACAUCAGAGUUAUGCAGACCGUAGGCGUCGACUGUUGAAAUUUGUUGUUGGUGAUAGAGUAUUCCUCCGUGUGUCGCCCAUGAAGGGUGUAAUGAGAUUUGGGAGGCGGGGAAAGCUUAGCCCCAGGUAUAUAGGUCCUUUUGAAAUAUUGAGGACAGUUGGAGAGUUGCGCCGGUAUUUUCCAGAUGAGACCCAUGUGAUUCAGUAUGAUGCAGUUGACUUGGAUGAAAAUUUGAGAUACAUUGAGGAGCCAGUUGCUAUUUUGGCCAGAGAUGUCAGACGGUUGCGUUCCAGAGCCAUUCCCGUAAUUAAGGUCCAUUGGAGACAUCGUCCAGUUGAGGAGGCUACCUGGGAGACCGAGCAUGAGAUGCGGGCGCAGUUCCACGGCUUAUUUGAGCCUUCAGGUACUUCUUGA